UCACUUAUAAUCAUAUUUAAUUUCUUUCAAAGUAGGUCAAGUAAUUACAAAUUUCCAUAUAAGUACGUACUUUUAUCUAAGUUGCGUGUGAGCUAUCAGCAAAUACGUUAUCCAAUAAUAAUGCGGUGGAGCUUCAAAGGCCCGAAGAAUAUAAAAAGAUGAUGCCUUGAAGCAUUGGUACGAAUUCCGAAAAUGGCUUCAGCAAGAGUCUGUCUCGCUCUGGUCGUCUGCGUUGGUGCAAAUCUCAACGUGCAGGCUUACCGCCUCGCCCGGUCCCCUGACAAGAUGGAGGCAGAGUUCCCCGACUACUCUGCCGAGCGAAGCCAGGAGCUGCAAGACCGAGCUGAUGAUGAGUCAGACUACUGGAACAGGGAGGGCGUCAAGUAUGGGAGCAGAGGGGAGGACGACUACGAGAAGGGGGAGGAACGCAGAGAAAAGAACGAAGAGAAAAACCAAGACCAAUACGAAAACGAAAAGGAAUAUCAGGAGAAUCAACAAGAAACUAACGCUGACAACACUGAAGACCGUUACAACGACGACAAAGAGGACACUGAGGCAGCACAACAAGCCGGCGAGGACCAUUACGGCCAGCAAGAGCAGGACAACAACGGGGAAUACUACGAGAGCGAGGGAGAGAAACGAGGGAGCACCGCCGGCAGUGACACGGAUGACAACGCGCAGCGGUACGAGGAGAAGGGGACGGAAGAUAUGGACAAAGAGGGGGAUAGGGUGGACAAUUAUGAUGUGGAAGGGGAUAGUCCCUCGUUCAGUUAUGACAAUAAUUAA